CUCACCAUUACAGCUGGCAGCGACGCGUACAAGGUGCACAAGAACAUCGUCUGCGAAAGGGCUAGGUUCUUGACGCGCGCAGUCAAAUCCGGUGGACAGGAAACUCAGACCGGAACCAUCGACCUACCCGAGGACGAGCCAGAGUUGGUGAAGCUCUUUAUCAAGUACAUCUACGAAGGCGAGUAUGAACCCGCCCUGACGGCAGACGAUUUGCAAGCCAUAACAACGACUGUUUCAUCCACCAAACCCGAAAGAGAACAAAGCAGCAGACCAAUGACAUUGUAUUUUCUCAUUUCUGUAUUAGUAGGGACAGCGGAAUGCACCACUCCACCUGUUACAUCGAUCCAGGGCGAAGCCUAUCAACUCCUCAUCCAUACAAAGAUGUACGAAAUCGGUGAUAAGUACGAUGUUGUUGGGCUCAUGGAUCUCUUGAAGGAGAAAUUCAACCGCCCUUGCAAGCGCUUCCGGACCACUUUAGAAUUCCCGGCUGCAGCAUAUCAUACCUUUUCAACAACGAUUGAAGCAAACAACGGUCUCAGAGACCCUGUGAGUGAGACGAUUUCGGAGCAUAUGGAACUUGCGGAAGAGCCUGAGGUUCGGAUACUGCUGAAGCAGUUCAGCGGUCUGGCGUUCGGCAUCCUGGACGCGAAGAUCAAGGGGCAUGGUUGGGGAAAGAAGAAGUGA